UGAUGAUAUCUGUUUCUCUUGCUACUAGCUGUACAUGCAUUGAAUCUAGCUGAGGUAUUUGAUUGUUCAUAGUGAAGAACUCUAUUGUUGCAAUGUCAUUGUGUUGGAACUUGUAGAAUAAAUUGUUAUUAUAGAUGGUUGCAAUGAAUUUAGCAUGUUCCUGAAUGUUUGGCUUUUAUUGAAAUUAUUCAGUUGUUUUUGCUUUAGAUAUGAGUAUCAUAACUGCAUACCCAUAUUAUAAUUCUAUGUUUUCAAUAAUGUUAGGCACUGAACUUGAACCCCAACAACAAUUUGACACAUCCAACAAAUUAAUCAAAUUCUUAAAACAACAUAAUUUCACUCCUGAUUUGGUGAAUGGCGGAAAAGCUUUACCUAAUGAAGAGACUGUACUUUUGGCUUCAUGUAACUAUGAAACUAACACUAAAUGGGGUCAAGAGAUUGGAUUCUUGUAUGGUACUGUAUGUGAAGAUGUUCACACUGGAUUCAUGCUGAAUUGCAAUGGUUGAAAUUCAGUUUUUUGUGAUCCAGCUAAGUCACAGUUCCUUCAAAACAGUACAACUAACCUGAAUGAAUUGCUAAUUCAAGGAACAAGAUGGGGUUCUGGUCUGCUUGACAUUGGUUGAAGCAGGUUCUGGCCUCUUAUAUAUGGAUUUUAAUCAAGAAUGUAAUAAUUGAAUAAAAGUUCUUAAUUUAUUAGAUGUUUAUUAUCAACUAAAGUGGAUGUUCAUUUUACUAUGUAUGUAGAUG